CGUGGAGGAGCUGAUGAAGAAGUCUCAGAUGGAACUCCUGUGGCUCCAGAGGCAGCUGUCUUUUCUCUCCGAUGGGACGCCUGCAUGCAUUUUGACAUCAAGCAAGUUUGGAAAUGAGCUACCGUACUUACAACCUGCAGUGCCACAGAAAACAUUUGGUCGGAUCCAUAUUUUAGAAGAGAAGAACCAGGCUUUUCGGUCUAAUGUCACCACACUAACCCAAGAGAAUCAUCAGUGCAGCUUCUUAAAAAAUGAACUGAACAAUGUCGUGCAUGCAAAGGACUGCUUGAGGCUCCAGUAUGCCAGCAUAUCUCACAAGGCACUUCAGUAUGACCAGGUAAAAACAGACUAUGUUCAGCUUAGAGAAACCCUCGCCGCAGUGACCAAAGAACGUGAUUUGGCUGUGAAGGAGAAGCACCAGCUCCGAGCCAAACUGGAGAACUUAGAGCAGGUCCUAAAGCAUAUGCGAGAGGCUGCUGAACGGCGGCAACAGCUGGAAUUGGAGCAUGAGCAAGCCUUGGCUGUUCUCAACGCAAAACAGCAGGAAAUUGAAUUCCUGCAGAAGGCUCAGGUUGAAGCUAAGAAAGAACAUGAAGGUGCAGUUCAGCUGCUAGAGAACACCUUGGACAGCAUGCAGGCUAAGGUCCGUGAGCUAGAGGAGAAAUGUCGGACGCAAGGCGAGCAAUUUAACCUCCUCUCCAAGGAACUGGAAAGGUUUCGGCAGCAAGCUGGGAAGAUUGAUCUCCUGACGAGUAACUCGUUGGCAUCCACGGAUGUCCCUGGCUCACCUAGCAAAUCCCUGUCCCAGUUCAUGAACGGAAUUGCCACAUCCUUAGGCAAAGGUCAUGAAAGCUCCUCAGGAGGCCACUGUGUGAUCUCAGAGUUCAUACGACCCCUACAACUAUCCGGUGACAAACCAGAGCAAUUGUCCAUCAAGCCAACUUUCCUGUCCCGGUCACGAUCUGGCAGCCCAAGAUGCAGGUUUGAAUCAGACAUGGAUAAUGAACGAAAUUCUAAUACCUCAAAGCAGAGAUACUCUGGAAAAGUCCAUCUUUGCAUCGCUCGAUAUAGUUACAACCCAUUUGAUGGACCAAAUGAAAACCCCGAAGCAGAGUUGCCCCUCACAGCAGGAAAAUACCUCUAUGUGUACGGAGACAUGGACGAAGAUGGCUUCUAUGAAGGUGAACUCCUAGAUGGACAGAGAGGUCUUGUCCCUUCCAACUUUGUGGAUUUUGUGCAGGACAAUGAAUCCCGUUUGUUGAGUGGGGUGGGCAGCGAACAGGACCAGAAUUACAUCAACCACACUGGUCACAUGUCGGAAGGAGAUGGCCUUUUGGAGAUAAACCCUCCCAGCCACUUAGAGCCUGGCGUUGUCAAUAACAGUGCAGGGACCCUGGAUGUGAACAUUGAUGAAAUCGGAGAAGACAUUGUGCCUUAUCCUAGAAAAAUUACCCUUAUCAAACAACUAGCCAAAAGUGUUAUUGUGGGCUGGGAGCCUCCGGUCGUGCCACCUGGAUGGGGAACCAUUCAUAGCUACAACGUCUUGGUAGACAAAGAAAUACGGAUGAGUGUGUCCUUGGGGAGCAGAACUAAAGCUCUCAUAGAAAAACUUAACAUUGCUACCUGCACGUAUCGAAUAUCUAUUCAAAGCAUAACCAGUAGGGGCAAUUCUGACGAGCUCCAGUGCACUUUGUUAGUUGGGAAGGAUGUCAUUGUGGCUCCUUCUCACCUUAAGGUGGACAACAUCACCCAGAUUUCCGCCGAGCUCACCUGGCUCCCGACCAACAGCAAUUACAGUCAUGUGAUCUUCCUCAACGAAGAGGAAUUCGAUAUUGUCAAGGCUGCCAGAUACAAGUAUCAGUUUUUUAACCUGAAGCCUAACAUGGCCUACAAGGUGAAGGUAUUGGCCAAGCCUCACCAAAUGCCCUGGCAGCUCCCACUGGAGCAACGGGAAAAAAAGGAAGCCUUUGUAGAAUUUUCGACAUUGCCAGCAGGUCCACCAGCUCCCCCUCAAGACAUCAGAAUUCAGGCUGGGCCGACGCCAGGAACGAUCCUGGUUUCAUGGAAGCCACCAAUUCUCACAGCAACAGGGACCUCCAAUGGGGCCAAUGUAACCGGUUAUGGAGUUUAUGCAAAAGGCCAAAGGGUGGCAGAAGUUAUCUUUCCUAUGGCUGAGAACACCGUCGUGGAGCUCAUGAGAAUCCGGAGCCUGGAAGCCAGGGAAGUUCUCGUCCGGACACUUUCUGUCCAAGGGGAAUCGGUGGACUCGCUGGGCUCUGCCAUUCCACCUGACCUACUGGUGCCUCCAACCCCUCACCCUCGGCCAGCUCCCAAAUCUAAGCCAUUACCAAGUGCCGGCAUCCCAGAUACCAAAGACGAACAUUUGUGUCCGCAUGUGAAAAGGGAUGAGUCAUGGGAGCAGGGCCGCGUGGCGUCUCCCAUCCACGGACACACCCUGGAGCCUCCCAACUUCCACAGCCCACUCCAGGGGAGGAGGUCUCCUUCCCCAAACCGAAUACUCCCUCAGCCACAAGGUGCGCCCGUCCCCAACACAGUCGCAAAGGCCAUGGCCAGGGAGGCUGCUCAGCGCGUCGCAGCAGAGAGCAGCAGGCUGGAGAGAAGGAGCGUGUUCAGCGAAAGGAGCGGUGCUGCACAUUACGCAAACUCUGACGAAGAAGAAGAUGGGUAUGACUCGCCGCGUGUCAAGAGGAGAGGGGCUUCCGUUGAUGAUUUCUUAAAAGGCUCCGAGCUCGGGAAGCAGCCCCUCUAUUGCCAUGGGGAGGAGUACCAUACUGAGAGCAGCCGGGGCUCCGACUUGUCCGACAUCAUGGAAGAAGACGAGGAAGAGCUGUACUCAGAGAUGCAGAUGGAGGAUGGAGGGAGGAGGCGAGUCAGUAUAACAUCGCAUAACACUCUCAAGGAAUGUUAUACGAAUAAGAGAAUUGAAGCAGCUUUUCUGGAGCAGCCUGAUUUUGCCCAGCAGAUCCACCACAGUAAAAAGCUGUUCAGUAUCCCCGAAGUAGCUGAAGAGGACGGCGAUCACUCAGAACAUUUGCACAAGCAGGGUUUAGGGAUGGCCCACAAAAUGAGGAGCGCAGUAGCUAGAGAGAGUAGAUCUGCCAGAACUUACCACCAAGACCCGCAGCACAACUUCUGGCACCCGGCGAAGCAGAGAAUCUUGGAGGAUGCAGGCGAGAGAGGCUAUACCUACAGCAGGUCUUCCACAAGGAGCCCAGACAGCGGCCUGGACUGCGGCAGCGAGGAAGAGGAAUCGCGCUUCAGCUUCCGCAACACCUACGACGCGGCUUCCGCAAACGUCGCGCCCAGCUGCUGUGCUGCCGGCGGGAGCUGCUCCUGCCGAAAGACGCCGCCCCGGCCACUGCUUGCCCGCCGCAGGACACUGACGAGGCAGAGCAGCAUUGAAGAAGACUUUGGGGACCCCUUCCCUUCCUUUCUAGAGCCCCAAGGCGAGGAGAGCAAGCCAUCUUAUUAUGAGAGGAAGUGCGAGCCUCACUGGUGUAAUAGAGCAGAUAAUUUGAUGCGCGAAGAUUAUCAGGGAGGCUGGAGUGGCCCCUUGGCAGGGAAUGACGUUAGGGCACCUUCCGCAAGGCCAUCCUACCGAGAGCCCAAAGACCCUCUGCUUUUGAGUAACCCUUCAUCCUCCGGACGACCAGACAGGAUGGAGCACCGGGGUCAAAGAAUAUCUCACAGAAGCUCGGGAGGACCACAGCGGUCGCGGCCCAUGCCGGUCCCUUCCAUUGAGAUUACAAUGGACAGUAACAGUGAAGGUGCUCGGUCAGGUAGUGAGGGGCAUAGUUCCCCCCUAAGAGAAGAUGCUUAUUAUCGCAGCAUUGGCGGACUCAGGAAAUGGUGCCGGCAACGUACCGUGGCCUCUGACUAUAGAUACGAUGGGUACUGUAGCCGAGAGCGUCUGUCCCCAGAGAUUUACGAAGAAUCUGAAACUGACCCUGGUGCAGAGGAGGUUUCCACGCGGAUCUUCGUUGCCCUUUUCGACUAUGACCCACUGACCAUGUCUCCCAAUCCUGAUGCGGCUGAAGAGGAGCUCCCGUUUAAAGAAGGGCAGAUUAUCAAGGUGUACGGCGAUAAAGACGUUGAUGGAUUUUACCGGGGGGAAACCUGCGCGAGGCUGGGCCUUAUUCCUUGCAAUAUGGUCUCUGAAAUCCAAGCUGACGACGAAGCUAUGAUGGAGCAGCUUCUGAAGCAAGGGUUCCUCCCUCUGAACACCCCUGUGGAGAAAAUAGUCAACUGCAACCGUUUCAAAGAGAGCUCACACUCUGCACACCGCAGGUCCAGAAAGUCCAAAAGAGAAAGGAACAGGAGGAGCGGCCGUCAGCCUGCAGCAUCGACCAGGAGAAUGGUGGCACUAUAUGACUACGAUCCAAGGGAGAGCUCUCCUAAUGUUGACGUGGAGGCUGAGCUAACAUUUUGUACAGGAGACAUUAUAACAGUCAUUGGAGAAAUUGAUGAAGAUGGCUUUUAUUAUGGUGAACUUAACGGCCAGAAGGGUUUGGUUCCUUCAAACUUUCUUGAAGAAGUGCCUGAUGAUGUAGACGUCUACUUGUCUGAUGCCCCAGCACGAUAUACUCAAGAUACGCCAAUACGUACAAAAGCAAAAAGGGACAUGCUGCGGGGAAAAUGCCAAUAAACACAGAAAUAACUUGUUCUUCCACUAGUGUGUAUAAUAGUAUCACGAGCAUUUAGCUACGAACCAUUCGUUUUGUGUUUGGUUCAUUGCAAUGCAAGCUUAGCUUUUCAAGCAUUUUUCUGCCUUGCAAUUAUUUAACAGCUGCAGAAUAUAGGUAUGCUAUAGUGUUAAAUGCAACACAGAACAAGGGGGGGAGGGAAGGCAAGGGACAUGCUCCAGCAAGCUUGCAUAGACCAUAAACUCAAACCAUUCAAAAUCCUCACCCCAACCCCGCUGCCAGCAAGUAUCCCACAAAGGUGCCCAUCUCUGAAAAGUAUUCAUGUGUAGUAUCUCACUUGUCUUCUUUCAUCACUGCAGUUUUUAUAUAUUAUAUUUUAUGUAUAUUUUUAUUUCUUUGCUCAUCUGCUUGGGAACAGAAGAAGAGUGUUCAUUUCACACCUUAAAAAAAGGCAAUGUAGCCUUCACGUAAGUGAGCAACUGAAGAUACCAGUAAAAAUAUCAAUUCAAGCUAGCUGGCAUUAUCUAAUGCAGCCGUCUUAGCACCUAAAUGUGCAGAGAGAGAAAUAUGUCUCCAAAACCAUUAGCCCUGGUUGGUUGCAGACUUUCCUUCGAUGUACUUUUUUCCCCUCUCCUUUUUAUUUUUCUAAAAAAAUAAUAAUUCUCAACUUCUAGGGUCUAUAUAGUCAUAAAAUGUCAACAGAAUUGACUUAUCUCACUUGUUUUCUUCCUCCUUGUAUUCAGGGCUCAUGUUCGUAAAAAAAAAAGUUUUAACAUUUGGAACAUAUUUCUUACUGGACGUAUUGUUUGUUUGCAUAAAAAAGUGUUCCUAGUGUCUAAUUCCAAAGAGAAGCUGCAUAUUGCAUUGUUAGCCAAUCUGGGAGGAAAGCCCCCCACCUCCAGGAGAGGGAGGGGGGUAAAAGCACAAAACAGACCCACCCUUGAAACACUGUAAGCAGAUCAGUAUGGUAGAUAAAAAGAAAGGGGUAUGGUUGUAUCUGAGAACACAUUAACCUCAAAUAUCUGCUUCAACUGUUUGCCUUAAAAGUUCCUCUGCUGGUCAAUGAUACCCCAAGUUUGCCUAUGGCAGUAUCUUCUCCAUAGUCAUCAUUCAGUAAAUAAUAAUAAAAAUAAUAAUAAUGCAAACUCUCCAAUAGCACAGUCCUACACCCACGUUUGCAAAGCACUCGGCGGCUCUUUGGUUUAUCAAUGCAAUAACAGUUGACAUAAGACAUGCAGCUCAAACCCAUGAAUGAAUGCAUUAGAGCUCAAUAUAUAUAUAUAUAUGGUAUCUUCAGGUGUACGUUGGGGGGUGCUUCUACGAAGUGGUUCUUUUUUGUUUUCUUCAUUAGACAAAGACCUUGAUUUGAGAUCAAAGUAAGCUUGUGACCUCUUUUCUUCAAUUUCAGUUCCGUUCAUUAAACUGAGCCUGAUCUAGAUUUUCUGGAUACAGUGGGGACCACGCAAGUGCCAUAGCUGCCAGAAAGAAUUGGUGGCCGGCUUAUAAGCAUUAAGCAAGCACUGCGACUGGUGUGGUCACUCACAAGUUUUCACUCUCAAAUGUCUUCCAUACAUAUCAAUGCACUCUGUGCAAGGAAGCAUUCAUUCCCUAUACCAGCCAUUUUACAAGAAAUCCUAUUGUAUAAAAAAUGUGUAUUACUACCAUCGAAGGUCAUUAAGCUUUCUUUGAUUAUGAUUAAGGUUCAUUUUAGCUUUUUUUCUUUCAACCAGUGUGCCAUCUUAUAAAAUAUGUAUAUACAGUAUUGCUUUUCUUUAAAAAAAAGUGUCCAAUGGAUCUCAAAAAUUAAGGGGGGGGAAGCCUCUGAUUAUAUUAUCUCCACAACUGGCGAUUCCCUGUGGAAACUGGCUGGUGUAUAUAUAGAACUUGGCAUUUGUAGUACUUAGUGCAAUUUUCUCACAUGCUCAGGGUCACCAAGAGUACCGCAAUGUGAAAAGGCAAUUUUAAUUUGGGCCAAAAUCCAGUUCUGAGUCACCCGGUUAAAAUAAGCAGUGCAAUUUAUUUUACCAAAA